AUGGUACUUCACGCUGAGGACAGGGUUCCUCAGGCUGACGACAGGGUUCCUGACGCUGAGGAAAAGGUUCCUAACGCUGAGUACAAGGUACCUCAAGCUGAGGAAAAGGUACCUCACACUGAGGACAAGGUACCUCACACUGAGGACAAGGUUCCUCAUGCUGAGGACAAGGUUCAUGACGGCGUGGACAAGGUUCCUCAGGCAGAGGACAAGGUGGCUCACGCUGAGGACAAGGUACCUCACACUAAGGACAAGGUCCUUCAAGCUGAGGCAACGUUCUUCACGCUGAGGACAACGUAUCUCACAAUGAGGACAAUGUCCCUCAAGCUGAGGACAAGGUACCUCACACUGAGGACAAGGUUCCUCACGCUGAGGACAAAGUUCCUCACGCUGAGAACAAAGUUCCUCACGCUGAGGACAGGGUUCCUCACACUGAGAACAGUUCACCUCACACUGAGGACAAUGUUCCUCAAGCUGAAGACAAGGUACCUCACACUGAGGACAAAGUCCCUCACGCUGAGGGCAAGGUUGCUCACGCUGAGGACAAGGUACAUCACUCUGAGGACAAGGUAUGUCUCGCUUAGGAAAAGGUACCUCACGCUGAGGACAAGGUAACUCACACUGAAGACAAGGUACCUCACUCUGAGGACAAGGUUCAUCACGCUCAGGAGAAGGUUCCUCACGCUGAGGACAAGGUUCCUCACGCUGAGGACAAGGUACCACACGCUGAGGACAAGGUUCCUCACGCUGAGGAUAAGGCUCCUCACGCUGAGGACAAGGUUCCUCACGCUGAGGACAGGGUUCCUCACGCUGAGGACACGGUUCCUCACUCUGAGCACAGGGUACCUCACACUGAGGACAAGGUUCGUGAAGCUGAGAACACGGUACCUCACCCUGAGGACAAGGUACCUCACGCGGGGGACAAGGAUCCUCACGCUUGGGACAAGGUUUUUCACGCUGAGGACAAGGUACCUCUCAAUAAAGACAAGGUUCCUAGUGCUUAGGACAAGGUUCUUCAAGCUGAAGACAAGGUACCCCACGCUGAGGACAAGGUACCACACACUGAGGACAAGGUCCUUCACGCUGAGGACGUGGUUGGUCACGCUGAGGACAAGGUUGGUCACGUUGAGGACAAAGUUCCUCAUGCAGAGGACAAGGUUCCUCUCGCUGAGGACAUGGUACCUCACGCUGAGGACAAGGUACCUCACACUCAGGACAAGGUUCCUCACACUGAGGACAAGGUUCCUCACGCUGAGGACAGUGUUCCUCACGCAGAGGACAAGGUUCCUCACACAGAGGACAAAGUUCCUCAAGCUGAGGACAAGGUACCUCACACUGGGGACAAGGUUCCUCACGAUGAGGACAAGGUUUCUCACUCUGAGGAAAAGCUUCCUCAGGCUGAGGACAAAGUUUCUCACGCUGAGGACAAGGUUCCUCACGGUUCAAAACAAGGUUCCUUACGCUGAGGACAAGGGACCUCACACUGAGGACAAAGUACCUCACACUGAGGACAAGGUUCCCCACGCUGAAGACAACGUACCUCACACUGAGUACAAGGCUCCUCACGCUGAGGACGAGGUUCCUCACGCUCAGGACAAGGCUUUCCGAAAUUUUCAAUAAAAUUUUCAUUUACUCGGCGAAUACGAAAUUUUCAAGAAAAUUUCCUUUUUUUCCCCAAAUCCGAAAUUUUCCAGAAAAUUUUCAUUUUUUCGCCAAAUCCGAAAUUUUGCUGAAAAUUUUCAUUUUUUCGCCAAAUUCGAAAUUUUCAACAAAAUUUUCAUGUUUUCGCCAAAUCCGAAAUUUUCAAGAAAAUUUUAUUUUUUCGUCAAAUCCGAAAUUUUCAAGAAAAUUUAUAUUUUUUUGCCAAAUCCGAAGUUUUCCAGAAACAUUUCAUUUUUUCUCGAAAUCUGAAAUUUUCCAGAAAAUUUUAACUUUUUCGCCAAAUCCGAAAUUUUCAAGAAAAUUUUCAUUUUUUCGCCAAAUCCGAAAUUUUCAAGAAAAUUUUCAUUUUUUCCCCAAAUGAGGACAAGAUUCCUCACGCUUAGGAGAAGGUUCCUCAUGCUGAGGACAAGGUACCUUACACUGAGAACAAGGUACCUCACGCUGAGGGCAAGUUUCCUCAUGCUGAGGCAAGGUUCAUGACGGCGAGGACAAGGUUCCUCACGCUGAGGACAACAUUCCUCACGCUGAGGACAAAGUACCUCACACUGAGAACAAGGUUCCUCAAGCUGAGGACAAGGCACCUAACACUGAUGACAAGGUACCUCACACUGAGCAGUAGAUUCCUCUCGCUGAGGAUAGGGUUCCUCACGCUGAAGACAAGGUUCCUCACUCUGAGGAAAAGGUUGCUAACGCCGAGUAUAAGGUACCUCACGCCGAGGACAAGGUAUCUCACGCUGAGGACAAGGUUCCUCACGCUGACAACAAGGUUCCUCACGCUGAGGUAAAGGUACCUCUCACUGAGGACAAGGUUCCUCAAGCUGAGGACAAAGUGCGUCACCCUGAGGACAAGGUACCUCACGCUGAGGACAAGGUACCUCACACUGAGGACAAGGUUCCUCACGCAGAGGACAAGGUUCCUCACGCAGAGGACAAGGUUCCUCACGCGGAGGACAAGGUUCCACACGCAAAGAACAAGGUACCUCACACUGAGGACAAGGUACCUCAACCUGAGGAAAAGCUUCCUCAAGUCGAGGACAAUGUUCCCCAAGCUGUGGACAAGGUACCUCAAACUGAGGACAAGGUACCUCACACUGAGGACAAGGUACCUCACGCUGAGGACAAGGCUGCUCACGCUGAGGACAAGGUUCCUCACGAUGAGGAAAAGGUAUCUCUCACUGAGGACAAGGUUCCUCAAGCUGAGGACAAGGUGGCUCACCCUGAGAACAAGGUACCUCACACUGAGGAGAAGGUUCCUCACGCUGAGGACAAAGUUUCUCACGCUGAGGACAAGGUACCUCACGCAGAGGACAAGGUUCCUCACGGUGAGGACAAGGUUCCUCACGCAGGGAACAAGGUACCUCACACUCAGGACAGGGUACCUCACACUGAGGAAAAGCUUCUUCAAGUCGAGCACAAUGUUCCCCAAGCUCAGGACAAGGUACCUCAAGCUGAGGACAAGGUACCUCACACUGAGGACAAGGUUCCUCACGCUGAGGCAAGGCUCCUCACGAUGAGUACAAGGUACCUCACGCUGAUGACAAGGUUCCUCAAGCUGAGAACAAGGUACCUCUCACUGAGCUCUGGUUUUCUUAGACUGAGGACAAGGUACCUCGCAGUGAGGACAAGGCUGAGGACAAGGUACCUCACACUGAGGAGAAGGUUCCUCACGCAGAGGACAAGGUUCCUCGCGCAGAGGACAAGGUUCCUCACGCUGAGGACAAGGUUCCUCACGCAGAGGACAAGGUUCCUCGCGCAGAGGACAAGGUUCCUCACGCUGAGGACAAGGUUCCUCACGCUGAGGAAAAGGUACCUCACACUGAGGACAAGCGUUCCUCACCCUGAGGACAAGGUACCUCACACUGCGGACAAAGUUCCUCACGCUGAGGACAAGGUACCUCACGCAGCGGACAAAGUUCCUCACGCUGAGGACAAGGUACCUCACACUUGAGGACAAAGCGGUACCUCACACUUGAGGACAAAGCACCUCACACUGAGGACAAGGUUCCUCAAGCUGAGGACAAGGUACCUCACAUUGAGGACAAGGUACCUCACACCGAGGACAAAGCUCCUCACGCUGAGGACAAGGUUCCUCACGCUGAGGAUAACGUACCUCACACUGAGGACAAGGUUCUUAACGCAGAGGACAAGGUUGCUAACGAUGAGGACAAGGUACCUCACACUAAGGACAAGGUACCUCACACUGAGGACAAGGUACCUCACACUGAGGACAAAGUGCCUCAUACUGAGGACAAGGUUCCUCAAGCUGAGGUUAACCUACCUCACACUGAGGACAAGGUUCCUCACGCUGAGGACAAGGUUGCUCACGCUGAGGACAAGGUUCCUCACGCUGAGGACAAGGUACCUCACACUGAGGACAAGGUUCGUCAAGCUGAGGAAAAGGUUCCUCACGCCGAGGACAAGGUUCCUCACGCCGAGGACAGGGUUCCUACACGCUGAGGACAAGGUUGCUCACGCUGAGGAGAAGGUACCUCACACUGAGGACAAGGUUCCUCACGCUGAGGACAAAGUUCCCCAAGCUGAGGACAAAGUACCUCACACUGAGAACAAGGUACCUCACACUGAGGACAAGGUUCCUCACGCUGAGGACAGCGUUCCUCACACUGAGGACAAGGUUCCUCACGCUGAGGACAAUGUUUCUCACGCUGAGGACAAGGUUCCCCAAGUUGAGGUCAAGGUAGGUCACACUGAGGACAAGGCACCGCACACUUAGGACAAGGUACCUCACACUGCAGACAACUAUCCUCACGCUGAGGACAAGGUUCCUCAAGCGGAGGACAAGGUACCUCACAUUGAGGAAAAGGUACCUCACACCGAGGACAAAGCUCCUCACGCUGAGGACAAGGUUGCUCACGCUGAGAACAACUUCCUCACGCUGAGGACAAGGUCCUCACGCAGAGGACAAUGUAGCUCACACUGAGGACAAGGUACCUGACACUGAGGACAAGGUUCCUCACUUUGAGGACAAGAUUUCUCGAGCUGAGGACAAGGUUCCUCACGGUGAGGACAAGGGACCUCGCACUGAGGCAAAGUUUCUCACGCUGAGGACAAGGUUUCCCAAACUGAGGACAAGGUACCUCACACUGAGGACAAGUUUCCUCACGCUGCGGGCAAGGUUCCUCACGCUGAGGAGAAGGUUCCUCACGCUGAGGACAAGGUACCUCACAAUGAGAACAAGGUACCUCACGCUGAGGACUAGGUACGUCACACUGAGGACAAGGUAUCUCACACAGAGGACAAGACUAGUCACGCUGAGGGAAAUGUUCCUCACGCAGUGGACAAGGCUGCCAACGCUGAGGACAAGGUUCCUCACGCAGAGAACAAGGUUCCUCACGCGGAAGACAAGGAACCUCACACUGAGAACAAGGUACCUCACGCUGAGGACGAGGUACGUCACACUGAGGACAAUGCUACUCACGUUGAAAACAAGGUUCCUCACGCAGAGGACAAGGCUGCUAAUGCUGAGGACAAGGUUCCUCACGCAGAGAACAAGGUUCCUCACGCUUAGGACAAGGUACCUCACACUGAGGACAAGGUUCGUCACGCUGAGGACAAGGUUCCUCACGCUGAGUACAAGGUUCCUCACGGUGAGGACAAGGUUCCUCACGCUGAGGAGAAGGUUCCUCACUCUGAGGACAGGGUUCCUCACGCCGAGGACAAUGUUCCUGACGCUGAGGACAAGGUACCUCACACUGAGGACAAGGUACCUCACACUGAGGACAAGGUACCUCACACUGAGGGCAAAGUGCCUCAUACUGAGGACAAGGUUCCUCAAGCUGAGGUUAACCUACCUCACACUGAGGACAAGGUUCCUCACGCUGAGGACAAGGUUGCUCACGCUGAGGACAAGGUACCUUACACUGAGGGCAAGGUUCGUCAAGCUGAGGACAAGGUUCCUCACGCUGAGGACAAGGUUCCUCACGCCGAGGACAGGGUUCCUACACGCUGAGGACAAGGUUGCUCACGCUGAGGAGAAGGUACCUCACACUGUGGACAAGGUUCCUCACGCUGAGGACAAAGUUCCCCAAGCUGAGGACAAAGUACCUCACACUGAGAACAAGGUACCUCACACUGAGGAUAAGGCUCCUCACGCUGAGGACAAGGUUCCUCACAGUGAUGACUAGGUUCCUCACGCUGAGGACAAGGUUCCUCACGCAGAAGACAAGGUUCUUCACGCUGCGGACAAGGUACCUCACACUGAGGACAAGGUUCCUCACGCUGAGGACAACGUUCCUCACACUGAGGACAAGGUUCCUCACGCUGAGGACAAGGUUUCUCACGCUGGCGACAAGGUACCUCACGCUGAGGACAAGGUUCCCCAAGUUGAGGUCAAGGUAGGUCACACUGAGGACAAGGUACCGCACACUUAGGACAAGGUACCUCACACUGCAGACAACUAUCCUCACGCUAAGGACAAGGUUCCUCAAGCUGAGGACAAGGUACCUCACAUUGAGGACAAGGUACCUCACACCGAGGACAAAGCUCCUCACGCUGAGGGCAAGGUUGCUCACGCUGAGAACAACUUCCUCACGCUGAGGACAAGGUCCUCACGCAGAGGACAAUGUAGCUCACACUGAGGACAAGGUACCUCACACUGAGGAGAAGGUUCCUCAGGCACAGGACAAGGUUUCUCGCGCAGAGGACAAGGUUCCUCACGCUGAGGACAAGGUUCCUCACGCUGAGGAAAAGGUAUCUCUCACUGAGGACAAGGCUCCUCAAGCUGAGGACAAGGUGGCUCACCCUGAGGACAAGGUACCUCACACUGCGGACAAAGUUGCUCACGCUGAGGACAAGGUACCUCACGCAGCGGACAAAGUUCCUCACGCUGAGGACAAAGCACCUCACACUGAGGACAAGGUUCCUCAAGCUGAGGACAAGGUACCUCACAUUGAGGACAAGGUACCUCACACCGAGGACAAAGCUCCUCACGCUGAGGACAAGGUUCCUCACUUUGAGGACAAGGUACCUCACACUGAGGACAAAGCACCUCACAAUGAGGACAAGGUUCCUCAAGCUGAGGAUAACGUACCUCACACUGAGGACAAGGUUCCUAACGCAGAGGACAAGCUUGCUAACGAUGAGGACAAGGUACCUCACACUGAGGACAAGGUACCUCACACUGAGGGCAAAGUGCCUCAUACUGAGGACAAGGUUCCUCAAGCUGAGGUUAACCUAGCUCACACUGAGGACAAGGUUCCUCACGCAGAGGACAAGGUUGCUCACGCUGAGGACAAGGUUCCUCACGCUGAGGACAAGGUAGCUCACACUGAGGACAAGGUUCCUCACGCUGAGGACAAGGUUCCUCACGCUGAGGACAAGGUUCCUCACGCCGAGGACAGGGUUCCUACACGCUGAGGACAAGGUUGCUCACGCUGAGGAGAAGGUACCUCACACUGUGGACAAGGUUCCUCACGCUGAGGACAAAGUUCCCCAAGCUGAGGACAAAGUACCUCACACUGAGAACAAGGUACCUCACACUGAGGAUAAGGCUCCGUACGCUGAGGACAAGGUUCCUCACAGUGAUGACUAGGCUCCUCACGCUGAGGACAAGGUUCCUCACGCAGAAAACAAGGUUCUUCACGCUGCGGACAAGGUACCUCACACUGAGGACAAGGUUCCUCACGCUGAGGACAGCGUUCCUCACACUGAGGACAAGGUUCCUCACGCUGAGGACAAGGUCUCUCACGCUGGCGACAAGGUACCUCACGCUGAGGACAAUGUUUCUCACGCUGAGGACAAGGUACUCCCCAAGUUGAGGUCAAGGUAGGUCUCACUGAGGACAAGGUACCGCACACUUAGGACAAGGUACCUCACACUGCAGACAACUAUCCUCACGCUGAGGAAAAGGUUCCUCAAGCUGAGGACAAGGUACCUCACAUUGAGAACAAGGUACCUCACACCGAGGACAAAGCUCCUCACGCUGAGGACAAGGUUGCUCACGCCUCACUGAGGACAAGGUCCUCACGCAGAGGACAAUGUAGCUCACACUGAGGACAAGGUACCUCACACUGAGGACAAGGUUCCUCACUUUGAGGACAAGAUUUCUCGAGCUGAGGACAAGGUUCCUCACGGUGAGGACAAGGGACCUCGCACUGAGGCAAAGUUUCUCACGCUGAGGACAAGGUUCCCCAAACUGAGGACAAGGUACCUCACACUGAGGACAAGUUUCCUCAGGCUGCGGACAAGGUUCCUCACGCUGAGGAGAAGGUUCCUCACGCUGAGGACAAGGUACCUCACACUGAGAACAAGGUACCUCACGCUGAGGACUAGGUACGUCACACUGAGGACAAGGUAUCUCACACAGAGGACAAGACUAGUCACGCUGAGGGAAAUGUUCCUCACGCAGAGGACAAGGCUGCCAACGCUGAGGACAAGGUUUCUCACGCAGAGAACAAGGUUCCUCACGCUGAAGACAAGGUACCUCACACUGAGAACAAGGUACCUCACGCUGAGGACGUGGUACGUCACACUGAGGACAAGGCUACUCACGUUGAGAACAAGGUUCCUCACGCAGAGGACAAGGCUGCUAAUGCUGAGGACAAGGUUCCUCACGCAGAGAACAAGGUUCCUCCGCUGAGGACAAGGUACCUCACACUGAGGACAAGGUUCAUCACGCUGAGGACAAGGUUCCUCACGCUGAGUACAAGGUUCCUCACGCUGAGGACAAGGUACCUCACACCUGAGGACAAGGUUCCUCACGCUGAGGACAAGGUUCCUCACGCUGAGGACAGGGUUCCUCACGCUGAGGACAAUGUUCCUGACGCUGAGGACAAGGUACCUCACACUGAGGACAAGGUACGUCACACUGUGGACAAGGUUCCUCACGCUGAUGACAAGGUUCCUCAAGCUGAACACAAGGUACCUCACACUGAGGACAAGGUACCUCACACUGAGGACAAACUUUCUCACUCUGAGGACAAGCUUCACCAAGCUGAGGACAAGGUACCUUACACUGCGGACAAGGUGCGUCACACUGAGUACAAGGUUCUUCACGAUGAGAACGAGGUAUCUCACACUGAGGACAAGGUACCUCACACCGAGGACAAUGUUCCUGACGCUGAGGACAAGGUUCUUCAAGCUGAGGACAAGGUUCCUCACGCUGAGGAAAAGGUUCCUCGCGCUGAGGACAAGGUUCCUCAAGCUGAGGACAAGGUUCCUCACGCUGAGGAAAACGCACCUUACACUGAGGACAAGGUUCCUCAACCUGAGGACAAGGUUCCUCACGCUUAGGACAAGGUUCCUCACGCUGAGGACAGGGUUCCUACACGCUGAGGACAAGGUUCCCCAAGCUGGGGACAAAGUGCCUCACACUGAGGACAAAGUACCUCACACCGAGGAUAAGUCUCCUCACACUGAAGAUAAGGUUCCUCACAGUGAGGAGAAGGUUCCUCACGCGGAGGACAAGGUUCCUCACGCAGAGGACAAGUUUCCUCACGCUGAAGACAAGGUACCUCACACUGAGGACAAGGUUCCUCACGAUGAGGACAAAGUUCCCCAAGCUGAGGACAAAGUAACUCACACUGAGGACAAGGUACCUCACACUGAGGAUAAGUCUCCUCACAGUGAGGAUAAGGUUCCUCACAGUGAGGACAAAGUUCCUCACGUGAGGACAAGGUUCCUCACGCAUGAGGACAAGGUUCCUCACGCUGAGGACAAGGUUCCUCACGCAUGAGGACAAGGUUCCUCACGCUGAGGACAAGGUUCCUCACACUGAGGACAAGGUUCCUCACGUUGAGGACAGCGUUCCUCACACUGAGGACAGGUUUCCUACACGCUGAGGACAAGGUUCCCCAAGCUGAGAACAAAGUACCUCACACUGAGGACAAGUUACCUCACACUGAGGCUAAGUCUCCUCACACUGAGGAAAAGUUCCGCACAGUGAGGAGAAGGUUCCUCACGCUGAGGACAAGGUUCCUCAAGCUGUGGCCAAGGUACCUCACAUUGAGGACAAGGUACCUCCCACUUAGAAAAAGGUUCCUCACGCCCAGGACAAGGUUCCUCACGCUGAGGACAAUGCCCGUCACGCUGAGGACAAGCUGUGGCCAAGGUACCUCACAUUGAGGACAAGGUACCUCCCACUUAGAAAAAGGUUCCUCACGCCCAGGACAAGGUUCCUCACGCUGAGGACAAUGCCCGUCACGCUGAGGACAAAGUUCCUUACGCUGAGAACAAAGUUCCUCAAGCUGAGGACAAGGUUCCUCGCGCUGGGCACAAGGUACGUCACACUGAGGACAAGGUACCUCACACUGAGUACAAGGUUACUCAAGCUGUGGACAAGGUACGUCACGCUGAGGACAAGGUUCCUCGAGCUGUGGACAAGGUACCUCACAUUGAGGACAAGGUACCUCCCACUGAAAAGAAGGUUCCUCACGCCCAGGACAAGGUUUCUCACGCUGAGUACAAAGUUCCUCGCGGUGAAGAGAAGGGACCUCACACUGAGUACAAGGUUCGUCAAGCUGAGGACAAGGUUCCUCAAGCUGAGGACAAUGUACCUCACACUGAGGACAAGGUAACUCCCACUGAGGACAAAGUUUCUCACGCUGAGGAUUAGGUUGCUCACGCUGAGGACAAGGGGUACCUCACACUGAGGACAAGGUUCAUAACGCUGACGACAAGGUUUCUCAAGCUGAGGAGAAAGUACCUCACACUGAGGACAAGGUACCUCACGCUGAGGACAAGGUUCCACGAGCUGAGGACAAGGUGCAUCACACUGAGGACAAUGUAGCUCACACUGACGACAAGGUUACUCAAGCUGUGGACAAGGUACCUCACAUUAAGGACAAUGUAUCUCCCGCUGAGCACAAGGUUCCUCACGCCCAGGACAAGAUUCCUCACGCUGAGGAGAAGGUUCCUCACGCUGUGGACAAGGUUCUUCAAGCUGAGGACAUGGUAUCUCACCCUGCGGGCAAGGUACCUCACACGGUAGACAAGAUUCCUCACGCUGAGGACAAGGUUCCUCACGGUCAGAGGACAAGGCUCCUCACGCUGAACACAAGGUUCCUCACGUUGAGGACAAGGAACCUCACAAUGAGUACAAGGUACCUCACACUGACGACAGGGUUCCUCAUGCUUAGGACAAGCUUCCUCAAGCUGAAGACAAGGUACCUCACACUGAGGACAAGGAACUCCACCCUGAGGACAAAGUUCCUCACGCUGAGGACAAGGUUCUUCACGCUGAGGACAAGGUUGCUCACGCUGAGGACUAGGUUCCUCAAGCGGAGGACAAGGUUCCUCACGCCUGAGGACAAGGUUCCUCACACUGAGAAGCAGGUUCCUCACGCUGAGGACAAGGUUCCUCACGCUGAAGACAAGGUUCCUCACUCUGAUGACAACGUACCUCACACUGAGGACAAAGUACCUCACAAUGAGGACAAGGUUCGUCACGCUGAAGACAAGGUACCUCACUCUGAGGAGAAAGUUGGUCACGCUGAAGACAAGGUCGUCACGCUGAGGACAAGGUUUCUCAGGCUGAGGACAUGGUACCUCACGCUGAAGACAAGGUACCUCGCACUGAGGACAAGGUACCUCACAUUCAGGACAAGGUUCCUCAAGCUGUGGACAAGGUAGCUCACACUGAGGACAAGGUACCUCACACUCAGGACUAGGUUCUCCACGCUGAGGACAAAGUUUCUCACGCUGAGGACAAGGUACCUCACGCUGAGGACAAGGUACGUCCCACUGAGGACAAGGUUCCUCACGAUGAGGACAAGGUACGUCUCACUGAGGACAAGGUACUUCACACUGAGGACAAGUUCCUCACGCUGAGGACAAGGUUCCUCACGGUGAGGACAAGGUAGCUCACACUUAGGACAAUGUACCUCAAGCUGAGGAAAAAGUACCUCACAUUGAGGACAAGGUACCUCACACUGAGGACAAGGUACCUCACUCUGAGGACAAGGUUCCUCACGCUGAGGACAAAGUUCCUCACGCUGAGGACAAAGUUCCUGACGCUGAGGAGAAGGUUCCUCAAACUGAGGACAAAGUACCUCACACUGAGAACAAGGUACUGCACACUGAGGACAAGGUUCCUCACUCUGAGGACAAGGUUCCUCACUCUUAGGACAAGGUUCCUCACGCUGAGGACAAGGUAUCUCACGCUGUGGGAGUACCGCUCAGAAUUAACCUAACACUGCGGUUGCGGUCGUUUUGCGGUUAGCGUGCGGUUAACGUGCGGUUAUCGAGCUGUUAACGUGCGGUUAACGCGCGGUUAUCGGGCGGUUAGCGGGCGGUUUUUUUGCGGUUUUGCCCAUGCAUCGGCAAAAAGCUAACCGCGGUUUUAAUAUGCAUUAUGAUUCCGAGGCUUUCCGACCAGAAGCAGUAACAUAUUCGCGGCAUAGAAUGUCUUCAAUAAUAAAAUGCUAACUCGGGCUAUAAUAUAACAGCUAAGAGAAAGCUUAGAGGCUGUUGUGUCAGCUUCAAUUAUAAUAAGGGCUACAGCAGCUCUUCGAUUAUAAUAAAAUUUUAUAAUAAAGGCUAGAUUGUCAAUUAUAAUAAAAUUUUAUAAUGAAGGCUCCAGGUUAUAACGUGUGUACCUAAAAGGCCGAAAUUUUUUUUACCUUUUAGGAACACGCUUUAUAACCAUUUGCCUUUAUUAUAUUAAAGAGUUAAGUAAAUUAAGUUGAUGCGCGCCAAAUUCUUACUUAUUCUAAAACAUCAAUUUAAGCUGUAAUAAACAAGAAGAGACCUACAUAUUUGCCUUUACCCAUCGUUUCAACUCUUAGUUAUUCCAACAACUGAAGUAUUUGACGAAAGUAAGGACACAAUUCGCUCCCUGGAAUGAAGCGACAGCAUUCCCAUGCCUCAAUGUUUACAAAAUAUAUCACAGAUAUCACACAGAAUUUUUAUAAUGACACCUUCGGAAAUACACGAAUAUUUAGGAAUGCUAUUACGAGUAUAUACGAAGCUUCCGGAUCGGUUCGGUUGGGUUGCGGGCAAACCUCGGUUAAUUUAAACCUCACGGUCAGCGCUGUUUAACCCCAAAAUUACCGCGGUAUAACCUCCGUCAAACCUUUAAAUCACCGCGGUCACACCGCGGUCACACCGCGGUCACACCGCGGUCACACCGAGGUUCAACCGAGGUUAAACCGCGGUUCUUGUUAUGUUAUUUCUGAGCGCUACUGUACCUCUCACUGAGGACAAGGUUCCUCAAGCUGAGGACAAGGUGCCUCACCCUGAGGACAAGCUACCUCUCACUGAGGACAAGGUUCCUCACUGAGGACAAGGUUCCUGAAGCUGAGGAUAAGGUACCUCACACUGAGGACAAGGUUCCUCAAGCUGAGGACAAGGUACCUCACACUGAGGACAAGGAGCUCACGCUGAGGACAAGGUUCCUCAUGCAGAGGACAAGGUUCCUCACGCUGAGGACAAGGUACGUCACACUGAGGACUAGAUUCAUCACGCUGAAGACAAGGUACCUCAAACAGAGGACAAGGUACCUCACACUGAGGACAAAGUUCCUCACGCUGAGGACAAGGUUCCUCCAUGAGGACAAGGUACCUCACACUGAGGACAAGGUACCUCACACUGAGGACAAAGUUCCUCACGCUGAGGACAAGGUUCCUCCAGGUGAGGACAAGGUACCUCACACUUAGGACAAGGUACCUCACACUGAGGACAAGGUUCCUCACGCUGAGGACAAGGUUCCUCACGCUGAGGACAAGGUUCCUCACUCUGAGGACAAGGUUCGUCACGCUGAGGACAAGGUUCCUCACGCUGAGGACAAAGUUUCUCACGCUGAGGACAAGGUCCCUCACGCUGAGGACAAAGUACAAGGUUCCUCACUCUGAGGACAAGGUUCCUGACGGUGAGGACAAGGUUACUCACGGUGAGGACAAGGUUCCUCACGCAGAGGACAAGAUUCCUCACGCAGAGGACAAGGUUCCUCACUCUGAGGAGAAGCUACCUCACACUGUGGACAAGGUUCCUCACGCUGAGGACAAGAUUCCUCACGGUGAGGACAAGGUAUCUCACGCUGAGGACAAGGUUCCUCACGUUGAAGACAAGUUUCCUCACGCUGAGGACAAGGCAUCUCAGUGAGGACAAGGUUCCUCAAGCUGAGGACAAGGCUCACGCUGAGGACAAGGUACCUCACACUGAGGACAAGGUUCGUCAUGCUGAGGACAAGUGUCUCACCCUGAGGACAAGGUACGGUCUCAGAACAAGGUACCUCACACUGAGGACAAGGUACCUCACACUGUAGACAAGGUUCGUCAAGCUGAGGACAAGGAUCCUCACGCUGAGGACAAAAUUGCUCACACUCGGGACAAGAUUCCUCAUGCAGAGGACACGGUUGCUCACGCUGAGGACGAGGUACGUCACACUGAAGACUAGAUUCCUCACGCUGAGGAGAAGGUAUCUCAAACUGAGGACAAGGUACCUCACACUGAGGACAAGGUUCCCCACGCUGAGGACUCAAGGUUCCUCACCGUGAGGAAAAGGUACCUCACACUUAGGACAAGGUUCCUCACACUGAGGAUAAGGUUUCUCACUCUGAGGGAAAAGUUCCUCACGCUGAGGACAAAGUUUCUCACGCUGAGGACAAGGUCCCUCACGCUGAGGACAAGGUCCCUCACGCUGAGGACAAGGUUAUCACAUUGAGUUCGAGGUUCCUCACUUUGAGGACAAAGUUCCUGACGGUUAGGCCAAGGUUCCUCACUUUGAGGACAAAGUUCCUGACGGUUAGGACAAGGUUCCUCACGGUGAGGACAAGGUUCCUCACGGUGAGGACAAGGUUCCUCACGCUGAGGACAAGGUUCCUCACGGCUGAGGAAAAGGUACCUCACACUGAGGACAAGGUACCUCACACUGAGGACAAGGUUCCUCACGCUGAGGACAAGGUUCCUCACAAUGAGGACAACGUUCCUCAAGCUGAGGAAAAGUUACCUCACACUGAGGACAAGUUACCUCACGAUGAGAACAAGGUACCUCACAAUGAGUACAACGUACCUCAUAGAGAGGACAAGGUUCCUCAUGCUUAGAACAAGGUUCCUCAAGCUGAAGACAAGGCACCUCACACUGAGGACAAGGUGACUCACACUGAGAACAAAGUCCUUCACACUGAGGACAAGGUACUCACACUGAGGACAAGGUUCCUCACGCUGAGGACAAGGUUCCUCACGCUGAGCACAAGGUACCUCACGCUGAGUACAAGGCUACCUCACACUGAGGACAAGGUUCCUCACGCUGAGGACAAGGUUCCUCACGCUGAGGACAAGGUACCUCACGCUGAGGACAAGGUCCUCACGCUGAGGACAAGGUUUCUCACGCUGAGGACAAGGUUCCUCACCUGAGGACAAGGUUCCUCAGGCUGAGGACAAGGUUCCGCACGCUGAGGACAAGGUACAUCACGCUGAGGACAAGGUUCCUCACUUUGAGGUCAAGGUUUCUCAAGCUGUGGACAAGGUUCCUCACGGUGAGGACAAGAGACUAACUCACACUGAGGACAAUGUUCGUCACGCUGGGACAAGGUUCCCCAAGUUGAGGACAAAGUACCUCACACUGAGGGCAAGGUUCCUCAAGCUGAGGACAAGGUACGUCACACUGAGGAGAGGUACCUCACACAUAGGACAAGGUACCUCACACUGGGGACAAGGUUCCUCACGCUGAGGACAAAGUUCCUCAGGACAAGGUACCUCACACUGGGGACAAGGUUCCUCACGCUGAGGACAAAGUUCCUCACGCUGAGGACCAGGCUUCUCGCUCCGAGGACAAGGUUCUCACCUGAGGAGCGUUCCUCACGCUGAGGACAGGUACCUGAGGACAAGGUUUCUCAUCUGAGAACAAAGUAACUCACACUGAGGAGAAAGUACCCCACAUUGAGUUCGAGGUUCCUCACUUUGAGGGCAAAGUACCUGACGGUUAGGACAAGGUUGCUCACGGUGAGGACAAGUUUCCUCACGGUCAGGACAAGGUUCUUCACGCUGAGAAAAAGAUUCCACAUUGAGUUCGAGGUUCCUCACUUUGAGGGCAAAGUACCUGACGGUUAGGACAAGGUUGCUCACGGUGAGGACAAGUUUCCUCACGGUCAGGACAAGGUUCUUCACGCUGAGAAAAAGAUUCCUCACGCUGAGGAUAAGGUUCCUUACGUUGAGGACAAGGUGCCUCACAGUGAAGACUAGAUACUUCACGCUGAGGACAAGGUACCUCACACUGAGGAGAAGGUACCUCACACUGAGAACAAGGUUCCUCACGCUGAGGACAACGUUCCUCACGGUGAGGACAAGGUACCUUACACUUAGGACAAGGUACCUCACACUUUGGACAAGGUACCUCACACUGAGGACAAGGUUCCUCACUCUGAGGACAAGGUUCGUCACGCUAGAGGACAAGGUUCCUUACGCUGAGGACAAAGUUUCUCACGCUGAAGACAAGGUCCCUCACAGUGAGCACAAGGUACCUCACACUGAGGACAAGGUUCCUCACGCUGAGGACCAGGUACCGCAAACUGAGGACAAAGUUCCUCAAGCUGUGGACAAGGUACCUCACACUAAGGACAAGGUACCUCCCACUGAGAGCAAGGUUCGUCACGCCCAGGACAAGGUUCCUCACGCUGAGGACAAGGUCCCUCACGCUGAGGAAAAGGUUCCUCACGCUGAGGACAAGGCCCUCACGCUGAGGACAAGGUUCCUCACGCUGAGGACAAGCUUCCUCACGCUGAGGACAAGGUUCCUCAAGCUGAGGACAAAGUUCCUCACACUGAGGACAAGGUUACCUCACACUGAGGACAAGGUUCCUCACGCUGAGGACAAGGUUCCUCACGCUGAGGACAAGGUUCCUCAAGCUGAGGACAAAGUUCCUCACACUGAGGCCAAGGUACCUCACGCUGAGGACAAGGUUCCUCAAGCUGAGGACAAAGUUCCUCACACUGAGGCCAAGGUACCGCCGCACUGAAUGGACAAAGUUUCUCACGCUGAGGACAAGGUCCCUCACGCUGAGGACAAGGUUCCUAAAGCGGAGGACAAAGUACCUCACACUGAGGACAAAGUACCCCGCACUGAAUAAAAGGUUCCUCACUCUGAGGACAAGGUUACUGACGGUGAGGACAAGGUUACUCACGGUGAGGACAAGGUUCCUCACGCAGAGGACAAGAUUCCUCCCGCAGAGGACAAGGUUCCUCACUCUGAGGACAAGCUACCUCACACUGUGGACAAGGUUCCUCACGCUGAGGACAAGAUUCCUCACGGUGAGGACAAGGUAUCUCUCGCUGAGGACAAGGUUCCUCACGUUGAAGACAAGUUUCCUCACGCUGAGGACAAGGUACCUCUCAGUGAGGACAAGGUUCCUCAAGCUGAGGACAAGGUGUCUCACCCUGAGGACAAGGUACCUCACACUGAGGAAAAGGUUCGUCAUGCUGAGGAAAAGUUUCCUCAAGCUGAGGACAAGGUACUUCACACUGAGGACAAGGAUCCUCAAGCUGAGAACAAGGUACCUCACACUGAGGACAAGGUACCUCACACUGUAGACAAGGUUCGUCACGCUGAGGACAAGGAUCCUCACGCUGAGGACAAAAUUGCUCACACUGGGGACAAGGUUCCUCAUGCAGAGGACACGGUUGCUCACGCUGAGGACGAGGUACGUCACACUGAAGACUAGAUUCCUCACGCUGAGGAGAAGGUAUGUCAAACUGAGGACAAGGUACCUCACAUUGAGGACAAGGUUCCCCACGCUGAGGACAAGGUUCCUCACCGUGAGGAAAAGGUACCUCACACUUAGGACAAGGUACCUCACACUGAGGAUAAGGUUCCUCACUUGAGGAAAAGGCUCACGCUGAGGACAAGGUCCCUCACGCUGAGGACAAGGUCCUCAGCUGAGGACAGAGGUUCCUCAAGCUGAGGACAAAGGUUCCUGACGGUUAGGACAAGGUUCCUUACGGUGAGGACAAGGUCCCUCACGCUGAGGACAAGGUUCCUCAAGCUGAGGACAAGGUUCCUCACGGUGAGGACAAAUGUACCUCACACUUAGGACAAGGUACCUCACACUGAGGAUAAGGUUCCUCACGCUGAGUGAGGACAAGGUUCCUCACGGUGAGGAAAAGGUACCUCACACUUAGGACAAGGUACCUCACACUGAGGAUAAGGUUCCUCACGCUGAGGAAAAAGUUUCUCACGCUGAGGACAAGGUUCCUCACACUGAGGACAAGGUUCCUCAAGCUGAGGACAAGGUCACAAUGAGUACAACGUACCUCACAGAGAGGACAAGGUACCUCAAUGCUUAGAACAAGGUUCCUCAAGCUGAAGACAAGGUACCUCACACUGAGGACAAGGUGCCUCACACUGAGAACAAAGUUCCUCACGCUGAGGACAAGGUUCCUCACACUGAGGACAAGGUUCCUCACACUGAGGACAAGGUUCCUCACGCUGAGGACAAGGUUCCUCACGCUGAAGACAAGGUUGCUCAGGCUGAGGACAAGGUUCCUCACGCUGAGGACAAGGUUUCUCACGCUGAGGACAAGGUUCCUCACGCUGAAGACAAGGUUGCUCAGGCUGAGGACAAGGUUCCUCACGCUGAGGACAAGGUACCUCACGCUGAGGACAAGGUUCCUCACUUUGAGGACAAGGUUCCUCACGCUGAGGACAAGGACCUCACGUGA